CCCGUCGUCUCCCUCCUCCCUCCCCCCUCCUCCCCCCUCAACUACGCACGCAAACGAAAAACUCCCCUCGAUUGUGCGGGUGCGGCAAGUAACCCACCAGUCGUCCACCAACAACCCCGAGCCGUCAACCGUCCCCCCUGCAAAGAUCGAGCCUUUUGUGCGUGUCGUGUCCACGCGCGCGGCGGCGUUAGUUGUCGUCAAGGAGCAGCGCGGGCGAGAGAAGGGGGUGAAAAAAACACUAGUUGUUGGUCGAUUUGACCCAGGCGUGUGGUCUACUGCUACUGGUAUUUGCUUCAUUCGCAUGCGAUGGAGGUGAAGGAUGCUGCGAAGCCGAGGCUGCCGCCGGGGUUCAGGUUCCGGCCCACGGACGAGGAGUUGAUCGUUCACUACCUCCGGCGCCGCGCGCUGGCCUCCCCGCUGCCGCCCGCCGUCGACAUCCCGGACGUCCGCAUCCUGGCGCACGACCCUUCCGACCUGCUGCCCCCAGGGUUCAGCGAGCAGGAGCGCUACUUCUUCACGUGCAAGGAGGCCAAGUACGUGAAGGGCCGGCGCGCCAACCGCGCCACGGGGGCCGGGUACUGGAAGGCCACAGGCAAGGAGAAGCCGGUGGCCGUGGCGGUCCCGGCGACUCGGGGCGGCCAGGGCCAGGCCGUGCUUGUGGGCAUGAAGCGCUCGUUGGUGUUCUACCGGGGGAAGCCACCGACGGGGAGCAAGACGGACUGGGUUAUGCACGAGUACCGGCUCGCGGGCGCCGGGCUCGCCCCGUGCCGCCGCGCGACAGCGCAGCAGGACGGCGACGGCGACGCGGCGGUGUCGCGGCCGGCCGAGGGCUGGGUGCUGUGCCGCGUGUUCCGGAAGAAGAAGGGCUCCGCCGCCGCCGCGAGGCCUGGCGACCGGAGCGACGGCGACGGCGAUGAGGGCGAGGAGGCCGGCGAGAGCGAGAGCGCGGGCGCUGGCGGGCCGGGGUUCAUCGACUUCUUCGCGCGCGCGGACGCGGCGGGGCGGCGGCGUCGCGCGGCGUCGCCCGUGGUGUCGAGCAGCUGCCUGACGGACGCGUCGCCCGAGCGGCAGCAGGGGCGGGAGCAGGAGACCACCAGCAGAGGCGCGUGAUGACAAAGACAAGCGUCGGCUGGCGUGGCGUGAAGCAAGGCGGGCAGGCAGGCAGGCAUCCAAGCAGAGCAAGCAAGCUAGAGAAAGAGGAAAGCUUUUGUUGGCCUGCAUGAGCAAGCAGAGAAACUGUUGCAGUGCCUAAUCUGGGCGUCAGUAGGAGUAAGUAAAGUCAUUAGCAACGAGAGAGCAGCAGGGAGAGGAGAGGCCUGAGAGUCUUGAGCGUAGAUGCUUGCUGAAACUAAUGUAGCAGCAGUUCAGUUGUACUCCGUAGUAAUGUAUACCUACCGUAUCGCCACCACCCUGAUCAAUCAAAAGUUCUCCGUCCAUGUAGAGUGCCGCAAA